GAGCUGCAGCUGCUGCUGCCCCUAUCGCUGUUACAGCCGCUGCUGCCUCUGUCCAGCUGAAAUGACCGUAGAGAGGCCUGAGGGAGCCCCCGGAGGCGCGGAGGGAAGCCGUCAGAUAUUUUCCCCCAAAUCCUCCCCAGACACAGAGGCAGGAGAGGAGCUGUGUGGGGAUGGGCUGGUUCUGCCCAGGGCCAGCAAACUUGACGAGUUCCUCAGCCCAGAGGAGGAGAUAGAUUCUACUUCUGACUCAACUGGGAGCUUUUACCAGACCUUCCAGAUACUGAAGCAGAAAGGCAGACCGUGUCUGUUGGAGUCUCUCUUUCAGUCUGACCCAGAGAGUGAUGAAAACCUCUCUGAAGAUGAGGAGGACCUGGAGAGUUUCUUCCGAGACAAGGGCAGGGGGAAGGUACAGGUCCAGUGCCCCCAGGCUCUGAGGUGUGGCUCCACAAGGCGCUGCAGCUCCCUGAGCAACCUUCCCUCCAACAUUCCCAGGGCUCCGACCCAGCCACCCUCAGGCUCCCGGCCUCCCUCCCAGCACAGAAGUGUCAGCUCCUGGGCAUCAUCCAUUACUGUCCCUCGGCCAUUCCGCAUGACACUGCGCGAGGCCCGGAAGAAGGCCGAGUGGCUGGGCUCACCUGCCUCCUUUGAGCAGGAGAGGCAGCGGGCCCAGAGGCAGGGCGAGGAAGAGGCUGAGUGCCACAGGCAGUUCCGGGCACAGCCUGUGCCUGCACAUGUCUACCUGCCCCUCUACCAGGAGAUCGUGGAGCGCAGCGAGGCCCGAAGGCGGGCAGGGAUUCAGAAGAGGAAGGAACUGCUGCUCUCCUCUUUGAAGCCCUUCAGCUUCCUGGAGAAGGAGGAGCAACUAAAGGAAGCUGCUCGACAGAGAGACUUGGCUGCCACAGCUGAAGCCAAGAUCUCCAAGCAGAAGGCCACCAGAAGGAUCCCCAAGUCCAUUCUGGAGCCAGCCCUUGGGGAGAAACUCCAGGAAGCUGAGCUCUUCAGGAGAAUUCGCAUCCAGAUGAGAGCCCUGGACAUGCUCCAGAUGGCCUCUUCCCCUAUCGCCGCCUCUAGUAACCGGCCUAACCCACAGCCCCGCACAGCCACCCGAACCCAGCAGGAAAAGCUUGGGUUUCUGCACACUAACUUUGGAUUCCAGCCGCGGGUGAAUCCUAUGGUCCCUGACUAUGAGGGCCUUUACAAGGCCUUCCAGAGAAAAGCAGCCAAAAGAAGAGAAACCCAAGAGGCCACUCGCAACAAGCCCUUCUUGCUGAGGACCUCCAACCUGCACCACCCUCAGCGGCCCUGCGGUGCUGCCACCACUGGAGAGAGGCCGGAUUUCCCACAGCCACCAGCUCCACCCCUGCCAAGGAGUCGUUCUCUGAGUGGCCUUGCUUCCCUCUCUGCGAACACUCUCCCUGUGCACAUCACAGAUGCCACCAGGAAGAGGGAAUCUGCAGUCAGAAGUGCACUUGAAAAAAAGAACAAAGCAGAUGAGAGUAUUCAGUGGUUGGAGGUACACAAAAAGAAGUCUCAAGCAAUGUCCAAAUCUGUGACCUUGCGUGCAAAAGCCAUGGAUCCCCAUAAAAGCCUGGAGGAAGUGUUCAAAGCAAAACUGAAAGAAAACCGGAACAAUGACCGUAAAAGAGCGAAAGAAUAUAAGAAAGAACUGGAAGAAAUGAAGAAGCGAAUACAAACAAGGCCGUAUCUCUUUGAACAAGUUGCCAAGGAUCUAGCCAAGAAAGAAGCAGAACAAUGCUAUCUAGACACCCUGAAGCAGGCUGGGCUGGAGGAAGACUUUGUGAGAAACAAGGGUCAAGGCACUGGGGCUGUUCAAGAGAAGGAGACCAAAGUCAAGGAUUUUCCCAGGUUCCAAGAAACUACAAAAUUCAACAUCAGAGAUCCAGAGCAGGGUUUAGAAGGAUCUCUAGAACGCUGCCCCAGGAAAGUACUGGGGGAGCUAUCUCAUCAAUCACCAGAAAAUCUCCUAUCACUUGCUUAA